AUGGCUGCCGCCAGAAGUGGAGGGGGCGGGGAGCGCUUGGGGAAUGGGAAUUUCGAAAAGAUAGCCAAGGAGCUGCAGCCGACGAUUAUUUGGACCGCAGUUGCAGCUGCAAAGAAUGCUGCGAAAGGCAUCACGGACAUGGAACUGCUGCUGGCUCUGAUUCAGAAUCAGCUGACGGUGGGCAGAUCUCUCCAGCUGAAGGAGAUAUUGGGGGAGCACGUAGAACAUGAACUCCGCAACUCUGCGUUGGACAAAUUGGAGCAAGCCAUGAGGAACUCUUUCUUCGGUCAGCAAGUCGUAUGUAGGGAGAUCCAUCUCCUUCAUCACCUGAUUGAUAUGUGCUUUCUUGUUACUGAAUGUAUUGAUGUUGCUCAUGAGUUUCUGCAUCUGUUGAUGAAUUUCUUGGGUCUUAAGGUUCUUGACAGUUCAAUGGAAAACUUUGCUUCAGGAGCUUGGCAAGCACUAGGCAGUGCUUGGAAGGGGAGCUCAAACCUCGUUCACAAGCUGGAGCAUUCUGCUUCAAAUCUUGCAGAAUCCAUUCAGCAAGGUGGCCUGCCUGGCAAAGCCACUACUCUUGCCCCAUCAAUAAUGGAGACUGGGAAGUCUUUCACAUUGAAGGGAAUCAAAGUGCUUGAGCAGGUUGGUAAAGAGACCAUGGAUUUGCUCAUUUCAGAGACUGGUUUAGAAGUUGAGAAGGAUUCUGAUGCAGCUGGUCAACAAGUUGAUGAUGAACAAUUUGAGGAAGUCACAUUUGACAGAUGCUUUUAUAUAUAUGGAGGCCCCGAUCAGCUUGAGGAACUGGAGGCAUUGUCAAAUCAUCAUGCAUUAUUAUUUAACAGGAGAAAGACAAAACUGUCGUCUGAACAGAAGUCCUCUUGUGAUGGAAAGCUUAGACAGAUCCAGCAAAUUUUUAGUCUCGGAACUGAAUUUGAAGAAAAUGGAGUAGAUUCAGAUAAAGGAAAAAAUAUUGAGAUGGUAAAUAUUGACACUGAUGUUGAGAUGAAAAAAUUACGGGACUCAAGUGUUAGCAAGGCUGCCGAUAUGGCUGCAGGGUUCACAUCUGCCCUUGGGGGGCUUGCUGCAAAUGAAAUAAUUCAACGAACUUCUGAUAGACUUGAGACAGUUCACUCAGAGGGUGUUCAUAGACUCUCAGAACUGUGUUGCUUUGCUGUGUCUCAACUUUUGAUCCUUGGAAAGUCAGUCAUCUUUAGUGCAAGCAAAUUGAAGAGUGAAGAAACAUUUGAAGAUACUGUGAAAAUUGAGUGGCCCGAAGAUUCUGUUUCUAAAGCUAAGAUCAUCAGAUUCAAGGCCCAGUCCAUGUCUGGAGAUGUGGAAACAGUUUAUAACAGUUUUUCUACAGGUAUUUCGGACAUAGUUGAAGCGUAUCUAGCAGCCAUUCAGAGUGUUUCUUCUGACACACAUGGUAGCCUCCCACAGCAGAACAAAAUACAGGAGAAAGCAAAUGCAAUUUCUGAGCAUCUCCAUGCUGAUCGAAUGAGUGCACUAGACAAGAUCCAGGAUGCACUGCAGUACCUGGCAUAUGUAGUUCUUUCAACAUCCAUGCCAACUGUAUGAAAAUUUAUCCAAAUCCUUAAAUAGGACCAGCUUGGAUGGUAUAUUGGUCUGUACAUGAUUUAAUUGAUUUGGUAUUUUGUGAUACCGGUUGUUGAAUCAAGCAUAAUUCCACUUAGCCUUGUUUGAGCUGUCAACUCUAAA